AUGCCUGUUGGGCAGCAUUCCGAUCUAGAGGGUCCCCCACAAUUCCCUCCACAAGUCCAAACACAUAAUCGAGAUGCGACCGGUCAUUAUGGUGCUGCCAAUGAUUCUGGAGACUCAGCUCCGGUAUCUGGUCGCUCAUCCUUUUCCUACUCGAGGAAUUAUGCGACGCCGGCGACGGGUGCUCAAACGCCAGAUCCGCUAAUGGGCAAUACUACUGUUGUUGAUAAGCAGUCGUUGAAGAAUGUGUCAUAUACUAUCACCAGCCUGGAUACAAGCAACGACAACGUGCACGAACUCGAUACGCUUGGACAUCAGUUAACUAACCGAAGGCCAUCGGUAUCCCGAUGUUCGGACUUGGUUGCCGAUGAAGCGGCAUCACCGAGCCGAGCAAGACAAGGUGUACCUCCAGAGAUUCGAAGCUUUACAGCCGAGAUUAUUUUGGUGAUGGUCUGUUCCGCUGGUCUCAUGUUGUUUUCUUUCUUCCUGGGUGAUAUGCUCGCACCGCAGGAACAGUUGAAGACUGCACUCGGAAUCACCAAUACUCAACUUCCUUGGAUUGUUGGUGCAUUCAAUACCGCCAACGGCCUGUCGGUGGUCAUUUCGGGAUCUCUUACAGAUCUAGCACCUCCUAAAAGCCUCAUGGUAGGCGCUUUCGCUUGGCUUACUACCUGGAAUAUCGUCGGGGCUUUCUCCUUGCAACCGUCCCGUCAUAUCCUUUUCUUUAUCGUGCGGGCUAUGCAGGGGCUUGCUAUCGGUGUCCUGGUCUCGGGGAGCAUGAGUAUCUUAGGCAGAGUCUACAAGCCUGGUGUUCGCAAGAAUCGAGUGUUCUCAGCCAUGGCGGCCUGUUGCCCCUUCGGCUUCUCACUUGGAGCGAUCCAGGGAGGAGCCUUUUACCAACACCUUCCUUGGAUCUUUGGAACCAAUGCCAUUAUCUGCGCUAUCUGCGGGGUGGCCGCAUUCUUCACCAUUCCACCUUUGAAACCCGUGGCUGAUACUGCCGGCAAAGAAGCACCGAGUCUACGGCAAUUCGACUUCAUCGGAGGUGCCUGUGCGGCUGGAGGGUGCGUUUGUUUACUCUUUGGACUUACCCAGGGCCCCGUUGCUUCUUGGUCCCCAUAUACAUACGUUCUCAUCAUCGUCGGCUUGCUACUAUUGGGUGGCCUCUUUUUCGCUGAGCGUGCAGCCGUUCGCCCUCUCAUUCCCAACAGACUCUGGUCAACACCGGGAUUUACCCCGUUGAUGAUAGCCUACUUCCUCGGAUUUGGCUCAUUCUUCGGGUGCUGGCAAUUCUACGCAAUUCAAUUUUGGUUGCGUAUCCAGCACGCUACCCCGAUCGCCGUAGCACUCUAUCAUAUCCCCAACGCCGUUGUUGGAGUCUUCGCCACAUGGAUCGUGAGCCGCACUCUUCACCUAGUUCCGGGCCAUUAUAUCUAUGCGGUAUCGAUGUUCGCCUUCACGAUGGGACCUGCAUUUUUCAUCCCUCAAACUGCCAACACCACCUACUGGGCUCUUUCGUUCCCCGGUAUAGCGUUGGUGACAUUCGGUCCUGACCUGGCUUUUGCCGCGGCUUCGAUUUUCAUUACUAGUAAUGUCGCCCGAUCGUACCAAGGAAGCGCGGGUAGUCUGCUUGUGACGAAUCAGAACUUGUCAUCGGCUAUCAUGACUAGUCUUGCUGAUGCGAUCGGUACGCGGGUUAGUACCGGUGCAGAUGGACAGGUCGGUUUAGAAGGACUCCGGGCUAUUUGGUGGUUUGCAUUGGGGGCACAAUUACUUGCACUGCUUGUGACAGUUGUGUGGGUGCGGAUUCCGAAGGAGGAAGAGAAGGAGCACGUUACGUGA